AUGUUCCGGAAAUUGGCUGAUUGUCUUAGCUGUGGAAAGGAUCACAGCGACCGUGGGGAUGAUAAUAAUGGGCCACCUUCCCAACCUGUCAAUGCGAACGGAGGAUUAAUAAAGGAGAAGGAGGAGGAGGCCAGCAAGGCAGGACUUCCAGCUCGUGUUCAAAGAAAGAGGUCGUCACUCAGUGCCCCUUCUUCUCCUGACCCUGCAUCGACUUCUCAGCUGUCGCUGCGAGAAGUAGAGAGCGAGCCGAAACCCCAGAAUCUUUGGGUUCUUGCGCACAAGAGGCUGAGCCCAGAGGAUCAGAAAUGCUUUGAAGUCGGGGCCCAAAAUACGAUGGAAAAGACAAUCGAGGAGGUGCUAGACAAGAUAGAAGAGAGAUGCAGGGAGUACAGUGAGGGUGGACUCCAGAUUCGAGGACUGCAUGGGAAGAGCAUCAAUGUCCAGGAAUGUUUCCGAGGGAUCAUCAAAUCCAUAUCUCAGGUGCAAGAACUUAUUAAGAAUGUGGCGUCGUUGGACCCAACGGGCCAUGCAUCGCAGGCAUGGACCAUUGUGUCAGUGGGACUUACUUUGGUAAACAACGACAUUGAACGCCGCGAUGCUGUCAUGGGAGCAUCUGGCUUUCUCGCAAAUACUCUCUCUUAUUACGCCAUUAUUGAGAAAAAUGACCGGAAUCGCCAGGUCGACAGCGCUGAGCAUAUCGAAGAGGCACUGGUGAAGGUUUAUACGGCUAUUCUUGAAUACACGGCUGAAGUUUAUAGGGCGAGUCGGGAAAAUGGAGCAGAUCGUGCGCGGAAAAGCGUUAGUGCCCUGGUCGAUCAACCGUUAAAACGUCUUAAAGACGCCAUCGAGCUGGAAAGGGAAAACGUCAAAGAAUGGACGGAGCUUGGUAGGAAUGAGGAUCAGCAGAAAUUAAAUACACGGGUCUUGAGCUCACUGGAUCUGGAGAUUUUGGAUUGGCUGUCACCAACAGAUCAGUCGGGCAGAGAACAGUCGGCAAUUUACAGCAAGGCUCAAUAUGAUCGAACUUCUCAAACAGGCGACUGGUUCCUUGACUCGCCAGAAUACCAAAAAUGGAAGGCUGAAUCUGGGAGCAUUAUGUGGCUCCAUGGAGUUGUGGGAUGUGGCAAAACAGUGCUUUGUUCAACCAUUGUAGCAGACGUUCUCCAGGCUUGUGAAUGCGAUCCGACAAAGAGACUAGCCUACUGGUACUUUACUUUCGAUCAAAAUAAACAGCAAGUCGUCGAUAUCAUGUUAAGAUCCGUCAUGCGGCAACUUUGUCCCCACCCGGUUCCGGAGUCGAUCGUGAAGCUGUGGAAAGAACAUCGCCAAGGUCGAGAACCAACACGGACAGAUCUUUAUAGUACUUUGGAGCAGAUGGUUGAAAGUUGUACAGGGCGCGUUAUUCUCAUCUUGGAUGCUUUAGAUGAGUGCCCGGAAAUACCGGGGAACCCUGCACGAGGUACAUUGUUGCAGUUCCUGAAUAGCCUUAUUGUUCGACAUAAGCAAACACUUCAUAUUCUUGCAACAAGUCGACCAGAGCCUGAUAUCCGUAGUCAUCUGUCAGAGCACACAGCCAUCGAUAUCGAAAAAGCCCUAAGCCAAGAUGUUGAGAGGUUUGUCAACGACAGACUUGAGACCGGGAAACUGGCGGAGUGGCUCAACAAGAACCAGCCCAUGAAAGACACAAUUCGAAAGAAACUACUGGGCAUAGAAAGGCCCCGUUUCCGAUGGGCUGACUUGCAAAUCAAGUCGCUAGAGAGGUGUAACAGGCCAACUGAUAUCGAUAAGACGUUAGAAACGCUGCCGAAAGACCUGUCGGGAACCUACAGGAAAAUUUUGAACGACAUCUCAGAGGAUGAUCGAGACGCUGCACGCACCAUUCUCAUUUGGCUGGCCUUCUCCCGGGGCCAACUGACACUGGAAUUUCUGGCAACGCUUGUCAACUUCAUUCGGCCACAAGGUGUGAUCGAUGUAUGUACGACAGACCUAAUUACAGUAUCCGAUAAUUUUGUUAGACUGGCGCACUUCUCGGUGAAGGAAUUCCUGGUCCCUUCGGAUAUCUCGAGUGAAACAGACUGGUACCAGUUUUCAGCCUCUACGGGGCAUUUCACCAUUGCCAAUGAGUCCCUUUCUCGUCUUCUACAAACAGACCACAACUUGACUAGGGAUGCGGCAUUUGACCAGCCAGUUUUGGUCUACGCGGCAAAAAAACUUGAUUUCCAUCUGUCCGAGCUAGAGCAAAUAGGACUUUGGCCUCCAGAACUACAGGAAAGUAUUGCGCAUCUAUUCGACUCUUCCGUCGCCUAUCUCAACUGGGUGCGAAUUGCCAAUGACGACAGGGAUUUUUCUAACGACUGGUACCUGUCAGCUGACAAUGUAGAACCUCCGAUAUUCAGAGCCUCAAAACUGGGGCUGAUCCAGGUUGUAGAAAGUCUACUGAAAAAUGGUGCUGAUCCUCUGGCACCCUUCUACAGGACCUUGUCAAAUAAGAAGAAUGGAUUAGAAGCUGCUGCGCGAUGGGGGCAUCUUGAUGUCUUGGAACUGCUUGUGCAAACGUCCACUGUCAUCCCCAAAAACCUGGCUUGUUCUAUUAUAAGAUCCAUCCGCUGUGGUCAGGAGCGGGAGAAGGUGUGCAAAAUACUUGCCUUACUUCAUGAAAAAGCAUCAUUUUACUACGACCCAGAACAUAGCAAUACAAUCGACAAACACAUCAUUGCAGCGGCGGCGGACAAUUGGUGGUCGGGAGAUGUUCUCAUACAAAUACUUCUUGAUUGGCCUACUAGAGGAGCUGUGUAUAUCACGAGGGGUGUUAUGCGUGCUGUGCUUCAUAAUACGAAGUAUGGUGAGAGAAUUAUGCAGCUGCUUUUGAGAGAACAGGGAACACAUGUUUAUAUGACCCGCAAUGGGAUUAAUUACAUGAUUGAAGAAGGAGGCUUCAAUCCUGAUGUGGUCAAGAUUGUAGCUGAAAUGCGCGGGCACGAGAUUCAGUUCAAUGAUCGGACUGUGACAUGCAUCGUGCGGUAUCCAAGCACCGAGGUAUUAGAAUUACUCUUGUCAAAUCGGGAUGACGUUUCCAUCACAACAGAGAUGUUGGAAGCAGCAGCCAGAAACUGGGACGGAUUAGGCGCGUUACGCCUUCUCUUGAAGAAAAGAGCACCCACCAUCAAUAUUACCAUGGAGAUGCUGGUUGCUGCAGCAGGGAAUUUCAGUGAUGGCUUCGAAAUGAUGAAAUUACUACUUGAGGAAUGGAGUCCGGAUACCCCUGUCGGCGAGGAAGUUAUUUAUAAGCUCGCAUCAAACAGGUACCACGGGCUAGAGAUAAUGAACCUCCUUCUACAAAACCAACAGACAGGAAUUACCAUCUCUCAGGAGGCUUUGGCUCGGGCUGCGAGAUGGACUGACAAGGAGAUGUUAGAAGUUCUUGUGAACAAUACGGAGUCGGGCGUUAAAAUCACGCCCGAGAUACUUUGCGCGGCAGCAAAGAACUGGAAGUCCGCGGAAGCUGUUAUGACGUAUUUGCUUGACCUUGGAGGGAAGGAUCUUGAGAUUCCAGAGAAUAUGCUAGUAUCAGCUGCUGAAAAUAGAUUCAAGGGGGCUAAUAUAUUAUGCUUGGUCCUCGACAGGUUCCCGGAAGUAAAGGUGACGGACCGAGUUUUCGAAGCGGCGUGUGGGAGUCAGGAUAGCAUGUCGGUAUUGCUGAAGCGAUUUCCCAAUCAGUUUCCCAAGGAAAUAGUGAUUGAAAAAAUAGCAACGGACACAAUAUCCGGAUACCAUGCUCUGGAGUUGCUUAUUCACCAGGGGGUUAUAGAUAUCGACCAGAAUCUGGUCGAGAAGCUUGCGGGAAAUUCUGAUGCUCUCAGAACUCUUAUAAAGUUCAAGCCAGACUUUCCAGUGUCGCAUCAAACUUUACUUGUGGCGGCAGAGAGUACCAUUUGCAUGGACAUCGUGCUUUUUGCUUGCAAGAUGGAGUUUACUAUAACAACAGACAUAGUUGACGCAGCAGUAGAGUCGACAGGAAUCGACGAAACACGGGAGCUGUGCGACUUCGCCGUCAUACGCUUACUUUUCGGCCAAUACGGGUCGAGAUUUCCGAUAACAGAAAUGGUGUUAACACGGGCAGCUCUACAUAAAAAUCCAUAUGGUGCACUUGAUUACCUCCUGGGAAAGGAACCCGGGGUGGACCUUCAGCGAGUGUGGGAAACCGUCUGGCAAAGUGAUUGCUCGGAAGUAGACAAGCUUGGCGCGUCUGAAGUCCUUCUAAAGCGCGCCGGUCUUGAAGUCACGGAAAGUAUGAUGGAGAAUACAGCCUCCAGGAGCGUUGAUUACAAAGAUGACUUUGAUGAUCUGGUUCAAUUCUCGAUCAGGGAAAAGAUACCAAUGCCUGGAAGCGAGAGGGCAAUGUGGAUUGUUAUACAAAGAUUUCAUGACUGGCGGACUGUGGAGAGCUUCCUGGAGUAUAAACCAGACAUCAGAAUUACUCUGGAGCAAUUCUAUGCCUUGGCGGGGUUUGAAUCUGUUCCUGAGGGUUUGAUACAAACGCUUCUUGCUCGCAAGGAUUUCUAG